AGAGAAUAGGACGAUGGCAAUUAGUGGUGAUCGUGGGCUUUUGUGUCUACAUGUUUGCAUUCUCCUGGAUCCGGACCCUCAAUAAUUUUGGUACUACGACAUUUCAAAGCCCCCUUCCCAGUGGUUACUCAGUUCCAGAUCAAGUUCUGGAUCCAGACCCAGAUCCAGUUCUAGUUGAAGCUCCAGAUACAGCUCCAGCUGCAGUUCAAGAUCUAGUUCCAGUUCCAGUUCAAACAGAUCAAGCCCCAAAGGACAACGUUUUCAAGAAGAGAGAUCCAGAUCCAGUUCCAGUUCCAGUUGAAACAGAGCAAGCCCCAAAGGACAACGUUUUCAAGAAGAGAGAUCCAGAUCCAGUUCCUGCUCCAGUUCAACCCCAGCGUGUCCCUGAGGAAGACAUUUUCGCGAUGAACGUCUCACUCUCAAGUGCUGAUAAGUUUUCGUUCCCAAUCCAGCAUCGUUACUUCCUCCGGCAGUGCUACGCUUACGAAAGCCUCACGCCAAGAUUCACCUGCACCGACACUCUCUCUUUUAGAAAGUACUCAGCCAAGGCCAUUGUGGAAUGCGCUUGGGAUCUCUGGGAAGUCUGGAGGAACAAAAAACAGCCAAAUCCUUGGAAGAGACGUGGUUCCUCCUCAUCCUCACCAUCAGCUUCUUCUGGUGUGGUGGCCAUUUCCAAGAGGCCCUCGGUGCACCUCUUCUUCCUGGGAGAUUCCCACAUCGCACAUCUCUUUCAAGUCUUCUGCAGGCGUCUAGUUGUCAAUCGUCGGGUGAUGUACCGCAGUGCCGAAAUGAAAAAGGAUCAAUGGACGUAUAUUAACUAUAACGAUAUAGUUUGGAAAAGAAACAAGAAACGCGUGCCAAUGCAUGAGCUUCUUCACUUGGAUGGUCCACUGAGGGUCACAUUCCACUGGGAUCCUCUCCUUGUUCUCUCUCCAAAAUUUCUAUCCUCCUGGAUGUCUGGUAAAGAGAGUAAACCUACCUACUUAAUCACUGCAGGCACGGCGUUGCAUUUUAUGAAGGCUACAAGGUCCACCUACUUAUCCAAAGGUGUUGAGGCUUCCUCCAGGAGAUUUUUUAAUCGGCUGAAGGAGGUGUCUCCUCUGCUGGCAAAGUUUUCAAAGACCACACCAGUCAUCUUCAAGCUCCAGGAUCAUUUGAAGAAUGACAUCAAAAGCUAUAACCAUAGGCUUAUCGAUCAUUACAACCGAAUCUCCUAUGACCUGCUGGCAAGGAGCUCCAACUUCACCGUGUGGGACAGCACCAUCCCUCUGUCAGACCUCUACUGGGAUGGCUGCCGCUUAGUAGGCUCAAUCUACAGAGACACUGAUGUCUGGAAUUGCGACGAUAAGAGCCAUCUGGGAUUCGUAGUAAUAGAUCAGUUUCUCGACAUGUUUUUAAAUGGUAUUUGCUGCUGUUCCAAAAAUAAAGGCUCCUAGAUUUAUAACUGGACCACAAAUGUCGUAGUAUAUCAAUAUCUACGAGGAUUGACUGUCAUGUUUGACAAUAAGAGAAGGAGGAUUUAGCAGUUAGUACACAGAAAAUGGAAAACUAUAACAGGCUUGGAAUAUCACCAACUGAGGGACGUAUAGGACUUGCCAGAUAAUCUGUUGCAGCUAAAUAUUAUUUCCCUGUCCCCGUCUUUGACUGUACUGAUGGUAAGAGAAGAUGGCGUUAACCAGACGUACGCUGUCAUGGUUUCAUUCACUUCAUUUGAACUCAUGUGAGGCUUGUUUCCUUUUGUAUUAAGUUCUCUGGCCUUCGGGAUCAGGCAUUUAACCAUUUCUCAGUCAAAUAGGGUAGAAUAUACAAUUUAGGCCAAACGGCAAGAACUGGGACUUGUAGGAAAAUUGAGAGUAAAACUUACAAAAGUAUAAUACCACCCCCUGCAGAGAUUCUUCACUCGAACACUGAUAAAUCUCGACUUCCAGUGACACUUCCCUCGUUCCUUUGACAAUUUCUCACUGCAAAUUCUGCUCGUCACCAACAACACUCCAACUACUAGGUUUUCUAGGUCAUGAAUACCAUCUCUAGGGUUCCACUUGGGUGAAACUUAUCCUUCUUCCAACUUCUACAAUUAUUUGCUUCUCUCUGCGAAACCCUCCCCGAAUGAUCCAGUUCCUACCACAGUGGAAAGGGAGAGAAGGAGGUCCUGAGAGCAGAAGCAAAUUAUCCAACUCAGAAAUCAGAAUAUAAAAUUUAGGCUGAAGGCCAAGUGCUGGGACCUGUGAAGUCAUUCAGCGCUGAAAGGGGAAAAUGACAGAAAGAAGGUUAGAAAGAUGUAACAGGAGAACCUCUCACUUGUACUGUCGUGAAUUUUGAACUGAUCAUUCGAAAUCCCCGCCAUUUAACUUCACAAGUGUUGCGUUAAAUUGGGGCAAGACUGAGGGAUCUCGCGGGCGAUUCAUUGAACAGAAAGCUGUCCAAUACACGACAGUUUAUGACGCAAUUCCUAAAUGCAUGGCGGGGAAGGAGCGCGUCUUAUAGUAAAAAGGACGUUAUGAAUUUUCAUUAAUAAAUAUAAUUUGCUGAUCACAAGUACGAAAUAAAUGAUCUAUGUAUAGAUUUGGAGCCAAGGACUCCAUAGCCAUUAAAGAAUUUGCAGAUUACGGCCUUCAGCCAGAACUUUAAGUCAAUUCCUUGAUCUUAAAUGAUAACGUAACAGUCAUAUUCCACAUUCAAGAAUAAAAUAGAUUUAGUGAUAUACAUAAUGUCGAAAUAAUCUAUGAUUCCCGCCUGAAUUACAAGGAUUCUGUAGUUCACGCGGGAAAGCGUAAGUUUCUUUUAAAGAAGGGCGAAGCGACGCUUCAUUCCUGCCCAGAACCCUGAUCCGAGUAAGUACCGUAAAAUUUGUGUGUCUCAAUUCUCCGACUCCCAGCCAUCGCCAUGCUAGGUUGAAUUCCGUCUUAACAGUAAGUUAACUUUAUCCACGUAUGUAUGUGCCAUCCCGGCGAUGAGGGACUCGAUUUAUGCAGCAAAUGAAAGCUGAUAGUGCAAGGAUGAUAUUUGUUUGUGAUAUUGAGUCUAUGGGUCUCGUAUUGUGCAGAUUUUUCGUCCAGUUAUGGACUUAGUGUUUUACCAGCACGUGACAUCAAAGACCCUAUGUGCUACCACAUAAAAAGGCCGUGAGAGCAGUAAGAAACUGCGUGUACUGUGGAAUUCUGCUAGGAACUUUAGUUUCAGUGUACUGUUAAUGUAUUUAAAUGUUUAUUUUUGCGUAAUAAAAUUGUUAUGUUGAUCAAAUGUUAUUGGAUCUCACCCUAAGAGUUUUAGAGUGUGCGCCUCCUCAAGGCCUUGUCAUCUGCCCAGAA